UUAUCCAAUCACGCGUAAAUGGUAUACUAUAUGCCGACGGCAAAACGUAAACGGGCGAACUGUGCUGUCCGUCCCACUAUGUUUCGAAUUUUACAUCCGGUAUCACAGUAAGGCAUUUCAUCACACGGCUCCGAGUGCGAAAAGAGGUGUGACCACGCCCGGAUUCCAACCUAGACCGCAACGUAAAAUUAGCAGGCAAAUACUUUCCCCAUUAAGGUACCACGGGUAUCACGAGGACCUGUGCUAUCACCUCAGGUCGACUGAUUCACUAAAACUAAUCUGGGUCUACCAGAGCUGGCUGAGCCGCGAAUGCAAUCAAUUAUUACUAGCUUUUGUAGCUUUGGAAUCGUCUGCUAAUCAUGUCCGUUAGCGAAGCUAUUUCUCGUUCGAUGUAUCGAAAACAUCUCUGGCUAGGCCAUUAUGGACACUUUGUUCUUAUGGUCUGCGUCUCUUUCGAAGCACGUCUCGUGUCCCCGAGGAUGCUGAUUAUCAGCUGUUCAUUAUUCUGACGCAUCCUUGUUGCUAUCAGCAGCAUAGUAGCAACUUCAACCCGAUUUGUUCAGCAGCCGUUCGACUGUGGCCUAUGAUACGAGUCGGUGGCGCUACUGUGUAAUUUCUUCCCACAGCCAGCACGUUUAGCAGCUUUGGCAGAAUUCUCUCACCCGCCUUACGCGUUCGAGACGUCGUACGGAGUGAUCCACCAGAGCGGUGCGGAUGUCUCGUUGAGUGCGACUUUGUUUAAAGCAGUAGCGAUUGCAGGCAACAAUUUCCGCAGCGCCUUGGCAGCUCUCUGUUGAAGAGCGCAACUGGAAAGAUGUCUGCUGGAACCGAUGGCGCCUUAAGUUAUACAAUUAUCCACUAAGUUUUACCGCAUCGUUUGUCUAGUGUCUGUCUUGUUUCUAUCUCCUCGAUACAAAUGAGACUAUGGAGUUACGACGAGGAAAUCGUUGGACCCUAUCGCCGUGGGCCCAGUUCCGGUUGGCCAUUGUCGGGCUGUUUGCACUGAUCUUAGCACUGCUAAGUUCGCGCGUGAAAUCGGCAUCGAGUUCCGGCUCAGUCUUGUAUGAUGCAGCUGAUCCAUUAAACAUCAUUGACGGCACUGAAAACUUCUAUCGUGAAUUGCGCUCCCAUGGACGCCUGGCGUAUAUGGCUCAAUUUUACAAUAGCUGGUGCGGCCAUUGUAUUCGAUAUGCCCCGAUCUUCAAGGAAUACGCAAAUGAUGUUAGAGCAUGGCAAUCUGCUGUAGAUAUCGGUGUGAUUAACUGCGCAGCGAAAUCGAACAUCGAUGUCUGUCGAGAACAACAAAUUACCGCUUACCCGUCCAUUAAGAUGUACUGGUUACCACAGAUGACUGACAAACUGGGUGAGAAAAUUGAAGCUGAUAGGGAUGCUUCAGUUCUGCGGAAGCACGUUAUUGACUUCGUGGAAAAGAAAAUUAAGGAGCAUGGAGCUCCGAAGAUGCUAACCAGUUUAGAACCUUCCAGAGCUACCACUCUAGAGGAGAUGUGGGCUUCACAAGCCUCAAACCUACCACAGCUCCUGGCUGUUGUCGAAGAGGAAAGUUCCUAUACUGGACGAGAACUCAUACUCGAUUUCAGCAAUAACACUCGUGAAAAAAUUGUCCGUUUUAUCCGUGGCACCGGUCCUGAGGAAAUAAGGAAUAAAGACGCUACAUCGCUGUUAUUGAUAGAGAGAGGAAUCCAUCCUAGGCUGAUUGCAACGGUAGCUGAUAAUUCGAAUGCGCGAGAGGAGUUUAAGGUCCGACUAAUGGAAAUGGGCUUCAAGUUCGAACGUCUAAAUUACAACAAUUACUCGGAACGCACGUCUACUGUGGCUUCGCGUGUUGGCGAUCCGGAUAAGGUGUAUCUUGAAGACGUCGAAGCUGGGCUGACGCGUAUCCUAAAUCAAGAUCUAAUGCUUCACACUGAAUUUGAUGAGAAGAAGCUGGUCAUCAUAAGGAACUUUAUUCAGGCUAUCCACGACAAUGUGUUUCUACCAUACCGAAUUAAGACAUAUCUCCAAAAGCUUAACCAUCAUCUCGACGUGUCUGCGCCUCUCAAGAACGCAGAUUAUCAACUUAUCUUGAGAGAAGCGAAUUCCUCUACGGCAUACUUACGAACAAUAGAGAAUGUCAAUUUUAUCGGAUGCAAAGGAAGCAAGCCAUUUCUACGAGGGUUCCCCUGCUCCAUGUGGACUAUCAGCCAUCUAAUGACUGUGGGAAGUUACUCUCGAUAUGUUCAGCACGAAAUCGCCCAUCCAGAACGUGCACUACUUAUAUUCCGAGAUUUCAUUGUGAACUUCUUCAGCUGUGAAGACUGCAGAACGCACUUUUUGGAAAUGGCUAAAGACCUCGAAAAUGAGCUCAAAACCCCAGAUGAGACAGUUCUUUGGCUUUGGCGCGCGCACAACAAAGUCAACAAAAGGCUCGCGGGAGACCCAACAGAAGAUCCCGCCAGGCCGAAGGUCCAGUUCCCACCGUCGACCCUUUGCGCCGACUGCUUCGAUUCGAAUAAUAAUUUCAUCGAGUCGAACGUGUUGAAGUUUCUUCAAAAUCACUACGAUUCAACAAAACUUGUUCGGACGGUAUCAGAAGGUACCCCGACUGCCAUUAGCCUCCAACAGGAAGCCACUGACAAUAAUUCAGCCAAUGCCAGGUUAUUCUCAGGAUUUGACGUAACAAUUUUUUUGGUAAUCUACGCUGUUUCUAUCACUCUUCUAUUCGGGGUUUUCGUCGCGGUUGUCUUUCGCCGUAGGAAGAGUGGCCUUAGCAAGUCUCUUUUCCAUUUUAACUGAAGUCGAUGCACGAUCUAAUCGGCAUAUAAUUACAUAGGUUUAGCGUUUACAUCUAACUUACUUCAGUUACACUGAUGCAUACACUUGCGUCUCACAUCCUUCAUAUGGAGAACUAUCUAUCAUCGAAAUGCUUAUACAUCCAUGAACAUCGAAUAAUGACUUCUGUUCAAUAACUCAAUAUCCGACACAACAGCUGAGACAUACAUCAGGUUGGCCACUGUAGGCUUGUCUUACACGGGAUGUCUGGUAAGCUUCUGGCCUGAGUGAACCAUGUGGAUUAAUGUUGGUCUUUGGUUUUUUUUUUAAGAACUUCAUAUUUUUUCGAAAGAAGCAUUUUGCUUACGAUACUUCAUGCUGAAGAUCAUUAAAGAGGUACAUGUUAUUUAUUUAGUUAAAUCGAGGGAUCAGAUUAAGUCAGCGGCAGAAUAUCUUAAACAGUGGUUAGAACGCCUAGAGAUCUACAGCAAUUAUUUUUCUUGAAAUACCGUUAUGUUGGUCUAUCCAGAUUAUUUCGUAAAUCGUAUAUGUGCAGUUUUACAAAGGACGACGUCCUCUCAUUUAUAUGCUCUACCUUUGAUCUACGGCAAACUUUACAAACGAAUGUUCAAAAUUGAACUGGAUGAGAUUUGUCACGUCGUUCGUCAACCAGACCAGAUUUGCUCGUCAUGUUAUGCCAAUAUAGUAUCUGUAAAGGAGAGAGUGUCAACUUUAUUAACCAACAACAGCACUAACAGAUCCGAAUAUUACCAGUAUCUUUCAAACUGUGAUAUAUCUUUUCAAAAUAGAUAUACAUAAAUCACACACAUUUUUGUGUGCUCACAUUUUAACAAAACGACUAUAUCUAGCAAAGUUCCCAAAUGGAAUAAAAGCCAGUUCUUGACUUUUUUCUUCAUAGUAUAAUUAUCUAUAAUUCCCUGUAACCUUUACGGCUUCAACGUUGUACCUCACUCGGCCCCGAACUUUAUUUAGUCUGUUUGCGCAGUUCCGCCGGCAGAUACCACGGUAGCGAAUGCUUCUAGAGCAUAAGAAUAGAUACACCAAAGCGAAAAUAGUGCCGGUCCUUACAAUAGAAUCUUAAUAGAGGGUCGACUGUUGCUGGGAAGAUGUAGGGGAAAGCACGAUGUUUUCACAGUUACCAAACUGCUUGCAAUUAAUUUUUUUUAUCCUGUUUUCUUUUUGUUCCCGUGACAAUUGUUCAUGAGCACACGGAACGAAUAGUCUUUUUUACGAACUAACCCGAACUAACUAAAAGUGCACCCGGUAAUGCUAAAGGGAGACAAUUGCCUUUCAUAUAUAUUUCGUGUACGCGGGCGAGUAUACAGGGCUCCACAGUUCGGCAAUUAUUUUGUACAAUCAAUAGCUAAAAUAGUAUUAUAUCAAGAGUAGAGCAGCAAGUCGGCUGUGUAAGCGCAAGUGGUUAUAUAAUGCGUAUUUAGUAUAUGCAUAGUCGACUCCUUGUGAUGGAGAUAUACAUGUAUAUAUAUUAUGGUGGUGAUAAUAAAUAAUGAGUAGUAUUUUCUAUAAGGAUAGCACUA